CAGUUACGAACAAAAUGGAAAAUGAAGCGGAGAAACCGGUGUUUAAGAAAAAGAAUCUCUCCGAGGUAAACCCCAUCGUUGGGAAGAAACGGCAGUGGAAAUCGCUCAAACAAAUUCUUGCGCACGAGAAAACAUUACCCUGGAAAGAGUCGGAUGUGACUUAUUCAUCAGUAAACGCUCCUCCGUCGCUGAAGCCGGCAAAGAAAUACUCCGAUAUAUCCGGUCUCAUUGCACCGUACACCGAUCCUCAUACGAAAUUACGGUAUCACAAUGCUGAAGAGUAUCAAACGAUCCGUACGUUCCCGAUGGAUUUGACUGCCGGCUAUUUAGCGCUCAGAGGAGCUUCAAGUAUCGUGUGAGUAGACACGGGACAUUUUACGUUUCUCAUUCAAAAGAAGGAAGUACUUUUAAUCAUGUAAAACUAAUUGUUAGCUCCCUAAAGCAAAAUAUAGCACGUAACAAAUUUAU